CGCCAGCAUUCCGACAUCAUAAAUACUUGCCUUCCCCUCUGCCGUCUUACUCCUCCUUCUACAGAAAAAAUCUUACUGCAACAACGGAGAAAGGAUCCUAAAAGGAACCUUAAUGGAACGCUCAGGGGCAUCCCGGAGGAUUCCCGAGAUAGGCAAGCCGAAUUACCCCUCUUCUUCCGCUGAUGUUCGACUUCUUUUACAGAAAUGCUGCCGUACAUGGACUUUGGAGCUUUUUUCUUGCCGCUGGAUGAGGACGGUUGUCACUUUGCUGGUCAAGUUGUGCUUGCAAGUGUUACGUGUUGGUGCACCGUUUGCAAAUCCUCAGUGGGAUUGGUUCAAACCCGAUGUGCUCAUGCAAUCUAUUCUCGAUCGGAAAACGCCUGCAGGUGCUGGCUUCAAAUGGCAAGUCUUCAGAGCGUUUGUUUCAACCGUGUGGGAUGGUUCCUUGAACCUGCUCGUGGGGGUUUUCUGUUCAGGCUUCUACCACUCGGUCGCGAUUUGACAGCCUGAAAACUUAUUUUCUUUUUUUCACCCUCGUGCCAUGCACAUUUUUAUGCACAGGUAUUUGAACUUGAGGACAAAGAGGUCGAUUUCCCCAGCUCCAAGAGUAUCUUUAGUCAGAUUCACGCUCAAGCUUUUGUAGCAAAGAAGUGAUAGCCGU